AUGACUUGGAAGGAGUUGGCUGAAGCUGAUGAUCUUGCUUCCGCUCUCACCGUUGACCCUUAUCUUGGAUUCACUACCCAUAAAAUGACUGACAUGAAGCUAAGGAUUCCAGAUAGAAUUAAAAGGAAGUUUCGUGAUAUUAUAUGCAACUUUCAGAAGCAUAAAUGUUAUGAUGCUGCCUAUAAUCAGUUGAUAGCCGAUCCAAAUAUUGUAAAACGUCCUUGGAGUGUUGAUCCUCGGUUCAAAGAGCAUGUCAAUCGUUAUCUUUUAUUGUUUGAUGAUCGUUCUGGCAUCGAAAUUCGACCGUGUUGGCGCUAUGCAUCGGAAAACCAUAUGGGUGCUGCAAUUUUCGCAACAAGAGAUUGGGCCAAAGGAUCACGUAUCAGUACCUUGGUGGGAUGUAUUGCUGAACUUAAACAUCACGAAGAAGCUGCAUUUCUGAAGCAUCACAAAAAUGAUUUUUCGGUUAUGUAUUCUUCUAGGAAAAAUUGCUCUCAGUUGUGGUUGGGUCCCGCUGCCUACGUUAAUCAUGAUUGUCAUCCAAACUGUGAGUUCACAAUUAACUGUGAUGUUGACGCUCGUAUGAGUUUGGAAGCAAAAACGGAUAUAAAAUGUGGUGAUGAAAUUUUUAUCUAUUAUGGUACUCACUUUUUUGAUACAAAUAAUAGAGCUUGUGAGUGUUUUACCUGCGAGUUAUUGGGGCGCGGUUAUUUUAGUAAAUUUACACAAACGAUUGACAGUUCCACUGUUUCCAAUCAAAAACUGAUUCCAAAUAUUGUGAAUGGUCAAGAAAACUAUACCAGAAAUAUAGCGUCGUAUCACAAUGCCCGUUACAAUCCUAAUGUUCGUAGUCAUGUUCUUCUUGAUAAGAUGAACUUAUUACCAGAUAAUACUCUGUCUGCAUGUAAUGAUGCACAAAAUGCUAAGCAAUUAUCUUGGGAUUUUUUCCUAGAAAAGGGAUCUUCUACUGGUUUAGCUUGUAAAGCAUUACCUAAUGCCUACGCCUUACGCCAUACUGGAUCUCGUCUAAACCGCGUUAAAGCUCGAUUAUUUGCUGCAAAAGUAGCUUCUAUAAACAGAUCCUUUGGUGUGAACAGUCAAGAAAACAGAAAGCCAAAAAUCAAGUCUUCUUACAAGAAGUGCAAAUUAAGAAUGACAAUUUCAAAUAUCAUUCCCUCUUUAAAAAGAAACAAGUCAAAAUCAAAUCCCCACGCCAUUGGUAAAAAAAAACUAAUGAAAUCUGUCGCUGCCGUAAAAAGCCGACAAAUAUUGUCUGACACUCAAGCAAAGGACAAUUUUACUUCGAGAAGAAAUAUCGGUAACCUGUCUGAUCACAGUAUAGUUUGUGAUGGUAUAUCAUGGCAAGAAUCCGAUGGGACAAGUAGUGGAUUAGGGCGGAGUGUUAACAAUGAUAGUAGUGGCUCCAAUAGUCCAUUACCACCAGAUUUGGAUCGGAUGUCAUCGACUUCACCAAACAAUUCAUUCAGUGAAACGAUUGUUGUUACACCUGAUCUUAAAUCAUCUUACUAUCUUGAAUCACUAGUUCAAAAGUGCACUGACAAUCGGAAUAUGAAACGAAAACCAUGUAGUAUUAGUGCUGAGUCUUCUAUACCAGUCAUCAGUCCAUUACGAAUUACAGCUGAAAAUGAACUAACAAAGAAUGUGGAACCUAUUUUGGGACGACUUAUGCAUGAAACAAAGUGUAGUAGUGAUUUAAAAAACCCAUUAACUACUAAUUAUAUAUUUAAUCAAUCUACUACUUCUGAACACAGUCGAAGACGUUUAACAAAUUAUGAUGCUCGUUUGAUAGCCGAGGCCAGUUUGCUCACUCCGGUAUCCAAACAAAGGCAACGUAAACCGCCAAGUUAUCCAGAUUCUGUAGAGUAUGUUUCAUUUAAAAAUACGGUGAGAUCUAAAACAAGAUCAAUAAAGUGUGGAAAUAAAGAUGAACUUUUGAAUGACAAGUCACAAAAUAACAACGACCAUGAUGUUGAAGAUGCAAAUGACGAUUCUAAAAGUUUUUAUACUAAGUACAACCCACAAUUAGAGUUAUCUUUUGUGGAGAAUAAAUAUGUUGCGGCUUCAGGAACACAGUAUUAUGCGAUGCCGGACCAAUGUACAGAUAUUGAGUCUUUUUCUGAGGAGCUGAUACCCCCAUUACUAACCAGUCCUUCGAAACUUCAUACAACGUCAUCAUUUACUUUGUCAGAUAGUUCUCAUGAUGUGGGUCCUCCCUCCAUAUAUUCCACAGCUGAAGCAGAUGAUAGAAGUGAACUCAUUUCGAUUGAUUCUGAACUCACUGA